UUCUUUUUUUAUAUUUUAAGAAAAAAUAAUCAAAGAAAAUCGAGAUUACAUGGUGUUAAAAUGAUAUACGUUUAAGAAGUGAAAUUCAGGGAAUGUCGUCGAAGGAAAAUAAAGUAAAAUGUGGGAUAAUGUUAUUUCGGAUAUAAUUAGCGGAUCUUUGAUUAAAUAGUUUCGUUAAAAGUCCAUCAUCUGAUCCGAUCCAAACACGACAUAAUCGUCAUUUGAUUUCUUUUUUACUUUUUAUUUGUUCGUUUUGUUUAUUUUUUCUUUCUUCCUUUUUUUUUUUUUUUUUUUUAAUUUGAAUCGAUCAGGAUGUACAGCCUGUAUAGAGCUUGGUUCGGUGACGAAAGUACCGCGGAUAAUUAUAAUCGUUUGCAAGAAACCCUAUCGCCGCCCGACACAGUGAUCAGAGUUGGAAACGAGGGUGAACAUCAGUUCAUUGCACACAAGGGCAUUCUAGCGGCACACAGUGGCUACCUGAAGGCUUUGCUGGCCAGUGCGGCAGCUAGUUCGAGCAAUGGAGCAAACUUUGGUGGCUCUUGUGGUGGAUUGAAUUCGGCAAGUUCCAGUAACUCAACUACAACUGCGAUCGGUGGACAACACCACACUCGACAGCCGGUUACAUCUGUCUCGGUAUCUUCGAUCGGAGGAGAAGCAUUUGCGCCAUUGUUAAAUUACAUGUAUACCGGUCGACUCGAGGUAACAUUGGAUAACGUGUACAGUGUACUAUUGGCAACGCAUUUGUUACAUAUGCCUGGUGCAUUGGAACAAUGCAGAGCAGCUUUACUCAGAUUAAGAGGACCACCUCCAUUGCCAACGCCUAUACCAAUAACACCAACUUCGACGUCAACAUCGACGUCGAGUUCAGGUCCUGGUAGUAUACUGAGACCAAUACCAAACAGAUUAGUAUUGGGACCACCACUUUGUUGGCCUCAAACGAGUUCAAUUUACCCAUCAGCCGCGACAGCACCAGGAUCCGUCGGUCUAACACCACAUUUACCUCAAAUGCAACCAACGACUGUACUAAUACCACCUUCCGUUUCACCAAACGUUACGGUCAUUCCAACAUUAACUAGUCAAGAUACUCAAGAAGUUAAUACGCAUUACAGCUCGACCAAUCGUGAAAUCUCAAGAUCACCGAGAUCGUCUCCAUCGCGAUUAAACAAAAGAACGAUCAACGUUAUUAAAUCUAGAUCCCAUUCGAGAUCUACAACACCAGAUACCAUUUCACCAACGUCCUCGUCUAUUCCAUACGUCAAUGCUGCGGCCGCGGCAUUUAAUGCAUUCGCAUCGAGAUCAUCAUCGCCAUCGGCAGCGUCACGUUCCUCGUCGUUAUCACGAUCGCCCUCGCCCAUGUCACGUAAAGGAAAGAAAAAUAAUUCAAUAGAUCGACGUGAAUUUAUGAAUUCUACACGUACAACGAUGACAAUAACAGCAACGACGACGACGACCACGACGACAACAACAACAACUACAACAACAACAAUAACAACUGAUAACAUCUCGAUGCCUCAAAGUGGACGAUCCAAUGAAAAUACUAAUUCGAUCGUAAGCUCACCUAUGAGAAUUAAUCAUGACGAUAAUCCUAAGUGUUCGACUAAUAUAACGACGACCGAUGUUGAUCGCGGCAGACCAUCAUCCCACAGACGCAAGAUUCGUAUAACUAAUAACAACUCUAACAACGUUAACGAUCCCUCCUCAUCAUCAUCUUCCGGCAAUGUUUUGUCGGUGGUUUACGAUGUUGCUUGUUGUGACGGACCCGUUAAGUUUCAUCGUGUUUUAAAUGAAAAUUAUAUCGUAUCGCAGUCACGUAUACAAAGGCAUUGCACCGAUGACAAUACCAGAGCAACAACUACCGAGAACGAUGAAAAUGGUGGCUCGGGAACUACCAGAAUACGAAAUUGUUCUACGGAUUCUAUGAUAACCACACAAACGACAGAUUCUGGUAACAAUGUUGGUAACUACAGUUGUGGUUAUUGCAGCCAUACCUUCAAGUCCCAAUAUUGUUAUAGAAAACACGCUAAGAGACAUUUGUUGCCAACGAGAUCUAACGGCGAUACAAUAACGACGGCCACGACGACAACUACAACGAUCGAUAGAAAUCGACAGGAUAAUAAUUCGAGAAACAAAAGGGAGGUCAGACUUCUUGAUUUGAACGUUCAAUAUUAUCCGUGUAAAAUCUGCGGAUGUAAAUUUCCGAGUUAUUAUUUCGUACACAAGCAUAGAAAAUUAUGUCACGCUAAUGUCGACGAUAAUAAUCGAGUUAACAGCAGGGAUGAUGUUGUUACGUUUAAUGAUCAAGAAUCAACGAGCCAACCUGUAGAUGGUACCACGCCGCACCGUGAAUGAAAAAAAAUAAAAAAAAAGAAACAAAAAAAAAAGAUUAAAAAAAAAAUAAGAGAGUAAAAAAAAGCAAACCAAAAGGAAAGAAAUACAACAACAAAAAAGAAAAAAAAAACAAAAACAGAAACAAAAAGAGCAAUACGCACCCCGUUGUGCAAGACGAAAAAUCUUAUAUUACGA